GCGUUUGUUUUUAUGUAUCUGAGAAGAUAUGGCUGCAGAUCUUCAAGCCAAAUACACCAAGCUGGCUCAAGAGUACUCAAAGUUACGUGCACAGAAUCAAGUUUUGAAGAAAGCUGUGGUCGAUGAACAAGCCGCUUCUGCCUCACUUAAGGAUGAGCUGAAGCAGAGAGAACAGAGCCUGAGGAAAGUGGAACAGGAGAUGGACAGUCUGAGUUUUAGGAACCAGCAGCUGGCCAAGAGAGUGGAGCUGCUGCAGGAGGAGCUGCAGGUCACAGAAGCCAAGAACAAGAAAGGCAAGAGUAAAGGAGACUCCCCCUCCCAGCCCAACCUGCAGACACAGAGUGUGUUUGAUGAGGACCUGCAGAAAAAGAUAGAGGAGAAUGAAAGACUGCACAUCCAGUUCUAUGAGGCGGAUGAAUUGCACAGGCGGCAGGAGGCGGAGCUUAGGGCGCGGCUGCAGCAGCUGGAGCAGGAGGCGGAGCAACACCAUGCCGUGGUGGACGGCCUCACCAGCAAGUACAUGGACACCAUAGAGAAACUGCAGAGUGACAAAGCCCGGCUCGAGAUUAAGGCCCAGACCCUCGAGAGGGAAGCCAAAGAGUGCAGAAUCCGAACUGAAGAGUGUCAGCAGCAACUGAGGAAGUACCAGACGGAGUUAAACAGCCAGCUGAAACAGAGCAGCAGUGUCAUUCAGGAAAAAGUUCCCUUCAAUGAUACCAGGUUCAAUGACUACAACAGUUUGAAUGUUCCUCCACAUAACCGCAGACACCAGCUGAAGGCUCGUGACGUGGCGGGACAGGCAUUGGGCUUUGCACAGGACCUCGUGGCUGCUCUCCUCAAUUUCCAUUCCUACACAGAACAAAGAAUCCACAUCUAUCCUCUGGACUCUUCCAUUGAACACAUUUCUCCCCUCAACCAAAAGUUCUCUCAGUAUCUACAUGAGAACGCAGCUUAUGUGCGCCCCCUAGAGGAAGGCUUGUCACAACUGCAUCAAAGCAUUACUGAGGAUACAGUCACCGUCUUGGAGACAGCAGGAAAACUGCAGGACUUUUCCAAAUACUUUUCCACCUACACUAGUUUCCUGCAGAAAAUCCUCCCUUACCAGCUUAAAAGUUUAGAGGAGGAGUGUGAUGCCCCUCUCUGCACAUCUGCCCUGACGUCUAAAAACCAUGAGCUACAGAGUGACAUGAGAAAAGUGACAGCUGUAUUUGAGAAACUGCAGAGCUACAUCAGUCUUCUCGCCUUACCGAGUGUGCGACAGGAUGCUAUGCCCCAGAGCAGCUCCAAUGCUGUUUUCACGCAGCUUGCUGCCUGUUUACACAGCCUACAUGAUGCCACUAAGGAGCUAACCAAACAUUACAGUCAGAAGGCCAGUUUGGAGCAGGAGCUGCCCACAGUGACUCAGAAGCUCCGUACCACCAACGAGUGCUUACUCUCCUCUUUGGGCUCUUUGACCAACAGCACUGGCAAGAUUGCCACAUUCUUCAGCAACAACCUGGAUUUCUUUGCGUCAUCAGCUGGUUACGGUCCGAGAGGAGGCGCAGGGACCCUUAACCCCUUGCAGGCAGAGAGCAUGCUCAGUUACAAGAAACAGGCCUCUGCCUACAUGCAAGCCGUCAGAAAGUCACGACCAGAGUCCGUUCCCUACCACGAAGCACUGACAAACCGCCGCGUCCUGACCAGCUCCACAGAGAGCAGAGAGGGCCUGACCCAGCAGGUCCAGCAGAGUCAGGAGAAGAUAGCGCGUCUGGAGCAGGAGAAGGAACACUGGCUGCUGGAGGCCCAGUUAGGUCGUGUCCGGCUGGAGAAGGAGAACCAGCGCAUAGCUGAACUAGAGGCUCAGCUGUCUGCUGCCCUGGGAGGUAACAGCCCAUGUUUGAACCCCGCCCCGGUACAGGCUAGUCCUGGCUCCCCUGGGAACCAGGACUCUGAGACAGAAGAGAAGACGGCCAACAAGGAGGUCACCCAGAGCACCAGCCUGGUCGGCAUGUUAACCACAACACCUUCCAGUGAAGAUGUGGGGGAUGAGGAGUCCAGAGAACAGCUCAUUAAAACCCACUAUAUGACGCGGGUAGCUGAGCUUACCACACAGCUGCAGAUGUCUGACAGCAAGGCCGUCCACUUCCACGCUGAGUGUCGAGCUCUGGCCAAACGUCUGGCCAUCGCAGAGAAAUCCCGCGAGACCAUAGCCGAGGAGCUGAAACAGGCCAAUCAGAACGUCACACGUCUGCAGGAUGAACUGACCACCACCAAGCGGAGUUAUGAGGACCAGCUAAGCAUGAUGAGCGAUCACCUGUGCAGCGUGAACGAGACUCUAAGUAAACAGAGAGAGGAGAUCGAUACUCUCAAACUGGGCAACAAGGGAAACUCUAAAAAGAACAAGGGCCGGUAGUCACAGGGGACACUGCUGUGCAGCACCAGGGGAAGUGGAGGGAAGAAUGGUGGGGCCUCUCAGUGCUGUCCUGCCAUCCGCCCCAGAGACAAUGCCCCCUCAGAUUUCUCCCAAAGCCUCUCACAGACCGGAGGGAUGGGCCGGGGGCUGACGUCGACUCUCCGCUUAAGAAAACCAUUUCUUUCUUUUUUUUUUUUUUUUCCUUCUACAUUUCCAUACAAAUAUAAACUAUACCAGUGGAAUGCUUCCUGAUACUAGGAGGAAGCAGCUGCUUGACUUGCAGGGCUCAGAGAAGCAGCAGAGGGUCACAGAAGCACACGGAGGUUCUCUUCUUCUCAGAGCUUGGCCAUUUUAGGCUCUGUCGGUUUACUGAUUGUUUGGAGAGCAAGCGUGUGUAAGCAUUUGUGUUUGAAUGAGUGUGUGCAUGGU